UGAAAUAUCGCCAAAAUUAUUUAACCAUUUUAGGAUCGAGAUCUGAUCUACGGGUUUUUUUUUUUGAUAAAAUUUAUUCUCUUUACUGUUUAUCUUUGAUUUUCGAUUCGCUUAAAACUAUGGCUUCUUCUUUGUUAUUAUUAACACGACCUCACACCAAUCUUCUUUUAAGUUUAACUCAACCUAAACGAUCUACAAUAAACCGAAACUCUUUAAUAAAAGUAAUCACACUUUUUCGUUUGCCCAGUUAUCGGACACUUAGUCUGUUUCCGGCAAAAACUAUCGUUCCAAUGAACACGAGUUUUAUUCGUAGACAAACAACUUCUGCAACAAAUCCCGUUGAAAACUUACCAAAAAAAGUUCGAAACAAGCCAAAAAAAUCGAGUGUUGAUAGUAUGAGUCCUGAGGCCAAAAGGGCGUACGAGAUAACAGGCUACAUUAUGUUUGCUUCGACAUUAGGUCUUGUUAUAUAUUCUGGGCGUCCAUUCAAUACUGAUCGAGAAAAUCAAUAUAAAGAUUUAGACACUUUCACAGCGUGGUGUAAGCGAUUGGGAGCACGCACCAAGGAUCUUUUUCAUUUUUUCACAGAACCACCAUCGGAUAAAUUGUUACCGGAUCAAGAUUCCCUGCCACCACCGCCUUCUCCAUAUACGUUAGUAAUUAAUUUGGACCAAACUCUCAUUUAUUCAACUUGGGACAGAGAGAAUGGUUGGCGAUUGGCAAAACGACCUGGAGUUGAUUAUUUUUUAUUUUUUGUGGCAAAUAUUUUCGAAGUGGUUAUUUUCACAUCCCAGCCCUCAUAUAUUGCUGAACAAAUUUUAAUGAAACUUGAUCCAUUGGGACUUGUUCCCUAUAGACUUUAUAGAGAAUCGACGAGAUAUGUUGAAGGCAAAAUAGUCAAGGAUAUUUCAAAAUUGAAUCGGGAUCUUUCAAAAGUAAUUAUUAUGGAUUCUAAUCCCGAUUCUUAUUCAUUGCAACCUGAGAAUGCAAUUGCGGUACCUCCAUGGAAAGAAGAUCCAAAUGAUACUUUCUUAAUAGAUAUUUUACCGUUCCUUGAAUCUUUUCCACUAUUUACGGUCAAUGAUGUUCGUCAAAUAUUACCACAAUAUAAAGAAGAAAAUAUUCCAAAAGCUUAUGCUGCAUGGGAAGAACAAUGGAAUAAACAACAACAGUUGGAAUGGGAAAAUAAACUUAAGCAACCAAAAAAAGGAUUAGCAAGCUUAGUUUCAGCUUUUAGCAGUGGUCAAAUUCAAGAACAAAUACCUCCUUAUAAACAAAAAUUGAUGCAACGUCAAAUUAUGAAUGAUGAGAUUAACAAUUCAUAUCGAGAUUAUAAACGGCGUGCACCAGAAUUACAACAAAUGUACAAAAGUAGUAUGGAGAAUUGGCAGAAACAGGUUGAGGAGAGUAUGAAAGAGAAAAGGACAACACUCUGGGAACUUAUGACUCAAGGAGUACCCCAAGUUCCUAUGCCUGAUUUACCAUCAGACCAAGAUAGUUCACAAUUAAAUCCCCUUAAACAAACUAAUUCUCCAUCACAGUGAAUUAUAUUACAAUUAAUUAUUUAAUUAUUAGGCAAAAGUUAAAGGGAAAAAAAAUUUUUUUCUUGAUGAUGUGCAUUAUUUACCGCAGAUUAAUAUCACGUGAACAUUGUAAAAUUGACGAUCAAUUUCCUUUUGCGAUAACAAUAGUAUUCCGGAGUUAGCAAUCCGUAAAAUUGUUCUUACAAAUGUUUAAUUAAAAGAUUAAUUAAAAAAAAUAUUAAACUUACUUUUAUUAUUAUUAAUUAUUAUUAUUAAAUAUAAAAAUUC